AUGAGCGGCCUCGCUGGCCGUCAAAUGCGCCGACGUCGCCCGCCUGAUGCAUACAUGGCGGCCUGGGUGACGCGGCAGAGGGCCGCCAGCGGGUUCCUCCACGGACAAGUCUGGAUCCUGGCCAACAAGACCCACGGCGACACGCCCGAGUGGGUCGGCAACCUCGAGGUCUACUCCCCUUUUUACAAGCUCCUCCCCACACUUCCAAGUGCAGGAUCUGUGAAGAAAGAACAUCGGAUAAGCAGCGCGAACGCAUAG